AUGAAAGUCCUCAGUCUUAAUUUCGUCAACUGCGCUGCUAAAGCCUGUAAGGCCACCUCUGAAUCUUUUCCCCUGCAUCCCAAGGACGCCGAACUAGUCCAGGACGAGAUCGAGCUGAACCCGGCCAUGCUCAUCAACGUCCUCCCCAGACUCGACUGGGCCGCCCUCAGAACAACUUCAUCAGAGCUUGGCUUUCCUGAGCUGCCGGAGCAACCCCCUACAGCUGAGGAGUUGCAGGCUGAUGAGAAGACGUUGAAGGAUCUGCAUCAUUUGCUGCUUGAGACGCAAAUCUCAGAAGGCAAGCUUGUCUGCGGCAACUGCGGACAUGAGUAUGCCAUCAAAGAGGGAAUCGCCAACUUUCUCCUGCCCAGCCACCUAGUCUGA